GGAAGUUAAUGAAUACCUUGACUAAUUACAACAGGUCCUUUCUCUCCGCUUAUCGUCAAAACCAACAGUGCGUCACAGACCGGGGUCACGAGUUUGGUAAAAUAAGGUCAAACCUCCCAUGCGUGGCGGAUUUAUGCCUCGAUAAGUAUGUAUAAUGAUUACUUUUAUACCUAUCAACAGUUUUGUGACUCGUCAGUGAGAAGAUGGCGCAUAAAUUUGUACUGUUGGUUUUUAUCAUUAUGUGCGUCAUCUAUCGGGGUCUCCGCUUUUAUCCCUUUAGACUUAUUAUCAGAUACCCCUACUCCUAAACCGGAGAAGACAACUACAACGACCCCACCUCCGCCCCCUGACCCAAUCCUGACGGGGGCAAGAACCGCCACUGACCGUACAGCAAUCGAAUUGCCUCCAGACAUUAUAUUUGGAAAUGCGCAGAGCGGAGGAUCUGCCGCAGAUGCAGGGACUAAUACGGCAACAGAGAUUAAUGCUGUCGAUGCAGGGCCGCCUGGUCAAGACUUGAACCUUGAUAUAGACAAAUUUAUACGCGAGGCUUUAGGAAACAAUAUGGUAGAAGAACCCGGCACUCCUAAACAAACCGAUAUGACAGCGUUCUUGGAUUUGAUAGGUUCUGAAUUUUUUACACCUGCUUCGUCUCAAAGUGAACUUCAAAAGGCCUUAAAUUCUAUCUCUCCAACAGCCGUGACCACCACACCAAAACCCACGGCGUUUGAUAUGCCAGGUCUAGGAAGUCUUAUCGCUGCUAAUUCAAAGACGGAAUCCAGCGUCGGCAUUCCUGUCAGCAUGCUGGAACCAAGCAAUUCAAUAGAUUCACAGAUGAAAGAUACCCCGACUGUUAGAAUUCCUGAAAACAGCAUCCCAUUGGAUUUCCCAUCCUUCCAAUCUUUCCCAAGUUCACCUUCCGUUCCAGAAACACCGCCACUUCCACCGUCGUCUCCCACACAAACAAGUACUGAUACGUCAGGGUCAUCGGGAUUACCUCCACUUCCUAAUACACCAGGGCUACCCCCAUUUUCUCAGAUGCCAUCUUUCUCACAACCAUCCGAGUUACCAUCUCCACCUCAAACACAUGGACUACCACCACUCACCGAAACUUCUAGGUCAUCAGAUCCAUUCAGUCCACCUUCCUUUACUCCCCAGGCGCCACAAUCACAGCUUCCAUCACAAUCGUUCCAAGGUUUGCCCAGGGGACCAUUUACUUCUUCAAUACCUUCCGAUGCCAAUCCACCCGGGCUUAAUCUAAUGAGAGGACCCCGUAAUCCGUUCCAAGCUGCCUCGCAACUUCUUGAUAGAGUCAAUAACAGAGGCAUCGGUCCUUCAAAUACCGGAGGUGGACAAUCUGGAGCAACUGACACAAAUGCCUUAUCAGAUGCACCACUUCCAUCAAAUGAUCCAAGUCUGCUACCUUUUGCGGAGAACGUUUUAAGUCAAGUGCAGCAACUAGUUAACCGAUUGAAAGACAACAGAGAUGGCCCUUCUGUAGAUCAAACGACUGACCGCUUGCCCUCAACUGCAAACUGCCCGAAUGGCCAACCCCGCUGUCCGGAAGACCCUUGUCAUACCUCAUCCUGUCUCAAUAUCAUUAACGCACAGUGCAGACCGUCAUGUACAGAGUGCGCUCCUCGCUAUUUCGUCAACGACAGAGACGUCACGGAGAUGUGUACCAUCAUAUCCGGUUUACGACCAGCCAGUGGUGGUGCAAACCUCGCUCCGGGUGGACGUGGCGCGCAUCUUUUUAUGGGUAAUAACGGAGAAUUUCUUAACAUUCCCACACACAGAAGACCUGGACCUGCUGGAAAUGGACCCAUUCCUCCUCCACGUGGAAUUCCGCCUAUCAUAGAUCCACUCACCCGUCAGCAAAUUGAUCCUAUGUUCCUUGAACAACUCGAAAAUAGGCGCAUGGUGGAUCCGCGCAUGGAACAACCAUUUGCAGGAAACGGACGUGGUGGACCUCCGUCGUCACGAUUUUUCCCAGGAGGAAGAUCUCCCAAUAUUGAUCCGCGAUUUUUACGAGCUCUUGUCGAAAACGAAAAUAUCGCUAGAUUAAGAAACAGACAGAAUCGACCUCCAUUCGAUCCUCGCGUCGGGCGAUUUGUGAGACCCGGUGCUGCUCCAGUAGACCUACAACAGAUCGCCCGUGCGCGUGGGCAGAAUUUGGAUAUUGCUGCCGUCCGAAGAUUCGCAGCAGAGCAAGGCCUUAGUGGUACUGUUAAUCUGGGCGGUCCAGCUACAUCUAACCGACUUCCUCCUCAGAGUGCCAUCGAUCGCACUAAUCGCCAAAAUGAUGUCGAUCGCACCAAUCGCCAAAAUGCAAUUGAACGCAUCAAUCGCCAAAAUGCAAUUGAACGCUUCAAUCGACAGAAUGCAGUCGAACGCAUCAACCGCCAGAAUGCAGUUGAUAUUCUGAAUCGCCAGUUUACGAAUGGCGGAAUAGCCAGUCCACGAGCUCAAGGCCUACCGACUGGGAAUAGCAGAAUACCACCACAAAUAAGUGGCCUAGGAAAUCCUACCGCUGUCCAGCCUCCCACUGGACUUAAUGAACAACAUUUACAAGAACUCAUCACUCAGUUCACCACUUUCCAAACGAGACAGACUCCCAAUUCUGCAAAUAAUCAACCACAGAACAGCGGUCCAAAUGUGCCAGGUCUCAGCAUUCAAUCAGCACAGAAUAAUCCUCUCCGGACAAUACAGGCCGCCAUGAGGCAAUUCCAGAGACAAGUCAGGGCACCGGGAAGAAGUCCGUCAAAUGUUAUUUAAUCAAAAUACAAUAAUGACGUCAUAAAGACGUCAUAAACAAGUCUGAUAUUAUUUCAUUUGUGCGUGGCACCACACCUAUGGUUUAUGUUAUAUGCUAUGUUAGAACGUUUUUACAUUAAAAAAAGUAUAAUAUAA